CGAGCGUUUGGAGCUUCACCAAAGAACACCAGACAGCUGGCACUUUCUUGAGAACCGCACUCUAUGCGCCCCCUUAGCCUUUGAGGGCGGCACAUCAACAUCUCUCAAACUGUUGUAAAGACCGUGACCAAGCUGGCAUCAUGUCCACCCCUCCACCUGUCCGACAACGGCAGACCAACGGACCGAAGAAGGGAGGGAAGCCAUUAGCAAAUGGCAAUGCUUUGACGAAUGGGCAUGCGAACGCGAAUGAGGCCGUAGAGCAAAUGAAGCAGGCGGGCAAGGAUGCGGUGCAGAGGGAUUGGGACUACAAGCUCGCCUUGACCGUGAUCACGGUGCUGGCCUUUGUCACGAGGUUCUGGGGCAUCACGCAUCCGAAUCAGGUGGUCUUUGAUGAGGUGCAUUUUGGGAAGUUCGCAUCCUACUACCUGCAACGCACAUACUUCUUCGACGUCCACCCGCCCUUCGGCAAGCUGCUGUUCGCUUUCGCCGGCUGGCUGGUCGGCUACGAUGGCGCUUUUCUGUUUGAGAAUAUCGGGGACUCAUAUAUCACCAAUCGAGUCCCCUACGUCGCCUACCGGUCCAUGCCGGCGCUCAUGGGAUCUUUGACCGUCUCGGUGGUCUUCUGGAUUAUGUGGGAGUCCGGGUACAGCCUACCGGCUUGCAUCGUCGCGGCUUCCAUUGUUCUCUUUGACAACGCGCACGUUGGCCAGACUAGGCUGAUCCUGUUGGAUGCGACGCUCGUGCUGUUCAUGGCGCUGAGUGUCCUGGCUUACAUCCGCUUUUACAAGCUACGGCAUGAGCCGUUUGGGCGGAAGUGGUGGAAGUGGCUGCUCCUCACCGGCAUCUGCAUGUCGUGCGUCAUCAGCACGAAAUAUGUCGGCGCCUUCACCUUCUUCUCCAUUGGUGUGCCCGUCAUCAUCGAUCUGUGGGAUUUGCUGGAUAUCAACCGCAAGCAGGGCGCCCUCAGCUUGCCGGACUUUGGCAAGCACUUCGGUGCGCGAGUUAUUGGUCUCAUCGUCGUGCCGUUCAUGAUGUACCUCUUCUGGUUCCAGGUCCACUUUGCGAUAUUAUCGCGGUCCGGACCAGGAGAUGACUUCAUGACCCCUGAAUUCCAGGCCACUCUAGCGGACAACAUCAUGACGCAGCAGGCUGUCGGCAUCGACUACUUCGACAACAUCGCCAUGAAGCACAAAGAAACCAAGGUCUACCUGCAUUCGCACCCGGAUAAAUACCCUCUCCGCUACGACGACGGACGCAUCUCUUCUCAAGGCCAGCAAGUGACAGGCUACCCUCACAACGACACAAACAAUCUCUGGCAAGUCAUCCCCUCCCAACCAAUGGAAGGCCUCGGCCAUCGCGUCCACAACGGUGAUGUAGUCCGCUUCCGCCACCUCGUCACAGACACCUGGCUGCUCACCCACGACGUCGCCUCGCCAAGCAUGCCGACGAACCAAGAAUUCACCACCGUAGCCGCGGAAGACGCAAACGGCCCGCGCUACAACGACACCCUCUUCGAGAUCCGCAUCGAAAACGGCAAGCCCGGCCAGGACUUUACGACAAUGGCCUCGCACUUCAAGCUCGUCCACUUCCCCACCAAAGUCGCACUAUGGACCACUCAUACCAUGCCAGCCCUGCCGGACUGGGGUUACAAGCAAGCCGAGAUCAACGGCAACAAGAACCUCCUGCAGGCCUCCAACUUGUGGUACGUGGAGGAGAUUCCGGGUAUCCCUGCCGACUCGCCACGCUUGCUGAAGCAGGAAAAGAAAGUCAAGACCAUGCCGUUCUUGAAGAAGUACCUGGAGCUGCAGAGGGCCAUGUUUUACCACAACAAUGCGUUGACGAGCAGUCACCCCUACGCGUCGUUCCCGAUCCAAUGGCCGUUCUUGUUGCGGGGUGUGAGUUUCUGGACGGAGAACGACACGAAGCAGCAGAUCUACUUCCUCGGUAAUCCGAUCGGGUGGUGGUUCGCUUCGUCGAUCUUGGCGGUGUUUGGAGGCAUCCUCCUCGCCGACCAAGUCUCCGUGCGCCGUGGGGUGGACGCACUCGACACCCGCACCCGCCUCCGCCUCUACAACAGCACAGGCUUCUUCUUCCUCCUCUGGGCCGCCCACUACCUCCCCUUCUUCAUCAUGGGCCGCCAGCUCUUCCUCCAUCACUACCUGCCCGCCCACCUCGCCUCCGCCCUCGUCGCGGGCGCAGUAGUCGAAUUCAUCUUCAACAUCGAGCCGGCCGACGUCGCACAACUCGCCGACGCGCAGUUCCACGAAGCGGCGAAGGGGAGCACCCAGACGCAGGCGGAGCAGAGUGAUGACCACGCUUUGCAGCGGAAGCCGAUUCGCGAGCGCGUUGCGGGACAGAGUUUGUUGGCCACGUGGGCGGCGAGUGGGGUUAUCGUGGCGGCGUUGGUGUGGGGGUUUUGGUUUUUCGCGCCGUUGACUUAUGGGCGGCCCGGGCUGAGUGUGGAGCAGGUGAAUGCGAGGAAGUGGUUGAACUAUGAUUUGCAUUUCGCCAAGUGAGUGGGUUAAUCGAAUGAGCAUCGCGAGCUGGGGGCAAUGUGUGAGGUUGGGGCGCCCCGGCGUUGAAAGGGGGUUAAUGUAGCAUUAGCGGGAGUUGGCAGGAGUGAGGAAGGGAAAACCCGGACGAGGUGGAUGUAGGAUAGGUUUUGCGGCGCUCAGAUCGCACGCCACGAAAGACACCAAUUGCUGCCGAAUGCUGUGCAAAAUAUACAAAGAAGGGUAUAACGCACUACCCUAACGAAAAGCAUGGGUACGAUUACGACGAGCCGGACGCGCCGGAACGGGUCAUGAACGCCUCACAGCUCCG